ACAUGACAUGUCUGCCAUAGAAUAUAGUUAUUUACUGAUUGAAAUAAGUGAAAAACUUGACGAACUUAGUCCAAUCCAUCGUCUUCUGUUCACGUGUCGAACGUAUCUAACAUCUGGAAGCGAAGGCAACAUUCAGGAUACGCUAUCGUUAUUGAAGGAAUUGGAAGAACAGCAAAAUCUUGGAAUUGAUAAUCUGGUGGUUAUCAAAGAGCUGUUAAAAGGUUUCAGAGAAUGGUCCCUUUUUGGAAAAGUGAAAAGAUUUGAGAACAAACGGAAAGAAUACAACGCUUUGCUCGAGGCGAUAAUUCGUGUGCUCGACGAACUCAAUGAUCUGGAACGGCUCGUCUCAGUUUGCAGAGGAAAGUUGUCUGAAGAAAGUGAAGGCCUUAUUGAGAAUGUUCGCUCGUUAUUCAAGGAACUAGAAAACCAGAAUAUUCUAGGUCUUGAUCGUCUUGAUAUCUUAAAGGAGAUUCUCACCGAAACGGAGAAAAAGGAUCUACUCAAGAAAGUGGAAGAGUUCGAGGAGCGAAGAAAUAAGGAAGAUGAGUUUGAGAGGAAGAAAGCACAAGCAGCGGCUCUUGCAUCAUCCGUCAGAAAUUCACUUACUGGAGUGGUAAAUAUGAAGACUGUAUUCAAGUUGUUUGCUGGUGGUUUAGUAAUCGUUUCCGCCACGGAGGUCUUGAGUGGCUGGUCCUCAUAUGACCAGCUUGUCGCUGCUGUACAGAGCUGUGUGCUUCCGGCUGGUACAAGUCUGGUUCAAAUCACUGAUGGCUGUGUGUGCCUUACAGUUCAAGCUGAAAGUUUAUCAGCGCUUACAAACUUGUGGAAGUUAUACCAAGAUGGAACUCUUCAGAAACGCCUGUACGAUUUCUUUGUCACCGAUGAGAUGAGAAAACUGGCCGAAGGAGAGGAUGUGGAGGUGAAUGUCACCAUCGAUGAAGACGAAUAUCAGAAAGCUUGUCUCGAGUUGAUGAAUGGAGCUCAAGAAGCUGAACUCACUGGACGAGAGGAACGAACUCGGAGAAACUCUGAUUCAGUUCUGUAUCCUAGCGUUAAGGAGGAACUGUCAAUGUUAAAGAUCAAACGCAUCCAGGCAGCAUUUAAUCAGAGAAUGGCAGUUAUGAAGAAAGAAAUUGAAGAAGUCUCUUUGAAGGUUUUUGGAGAUCGUAGUGCUAAGAGGCAGCAAACCAUAUUCAAGAAAAUACCCUACGAGCUUGAAGAGACCAAAGUACAAGAACUUAAAGAAACCGAGAAAGGACUCGAAGAGCAUCGAUUGUGGCAACCACACAAGGUCGAGCCAAUGGAUAUGGAGAAGUUUUCCCUUGUACAGAAGUAUCUGGAAGAUGUCCAUGAAACUCGUAGUGUGACGACUGAGGCGAGUGACAGUGCUCUGAGUACACAAGCAGCGGUAUCCGAAAUUGAAACAGAAGAAAUUAGCGCAGAAAGACUGUGCUUGAGAGAUCUCAGUCAGUUGGUCACAUCUGAAUUGAAUCAAAGGCUUAAGGCUGACGCUACUACAAUGGAAAAAGUCUCCCGUUAUUUCGGUUUAAAAGGUGAUCCAUUCUCUUUCUCCUUCCUUCCUAUUGAACAUUUCUUUCCUGACACUACUGUGAGCGUGUUGAAAGAAUGCUUUGAGGCCUUACGAUUGUAUGAUCUCGCUGAGAUUCUAGCAAAAGUGAAACCACGUGCACUUUGUCCUGCGCUGUCUUCGGAGCAAGUGGAAAAAUUGCAACUCGGUGAUCGACGCACGAAACACUACAGCAACAUGGCAGUUGUGGUAGUUGAUGUUAGCAGUGAAAAAGGUGCUGCAGAAAUGAUCGAAACAUUUUUUAAAGAUCUAAACCCAAAAAACGAAGUAAAUGUAAUACCAAAUACUAAUCUGAGAAAUAAGUAUCUGGUGCGAAGGAACAUUAAGCAGCUCAAGCAAGUGGAGAUGCGUGCGAUCGUCCAGGAGAAGCAACUCAGAUAUCGGUUAAAAAUCCAACUUUCUAAAACGAGAAAGAGGAUUGAGGGGGAAGGCCAGGAUAAGAGCAAAAACCCUGAAGGAGAAGGUAUGCUGAGAGAAGGUGACUCGAGGUGCCGGCGAUCUUAUCAUGAUCCUUCGCCAAUAGCGAGGGUGAUAGUUUUUCCAAAGGAAGGCCAGGAGAAGGGAAAAAGCCCUGAAGGAGAAGCCAUGGGGGUAGUAGGUGACUCUCGGUGGUUUUAUCAUAAUCCUUCGAUAGUGACAGUGAAUAUUAUUCCGGAUGAACUUUUCCUGAGAAAACAACUUGAGACCAAAAUGGAAGAAAUUACGAAACUUAGAGAAGGAAUUAAAAGGGAAACUGAGCGGAUUGAAGAUAUUGAAAGGGAGGAAAGUGAUGUAGAGUUGGCCGUGCUAAAUGUCAUGGACAAAUGGAUCCAAGAUCAAGAUGGAUCCACCUUCAUUGCGGUAUUUUUAAUCUGUACUGACCAUAGGGCUCAGCAUAUUUUUUCCGAACGCCUUUAUGAAUCUAUUGAGGAGAAGUUGGCAUCAAUUCCAGAUCAUGGGAAACUCGUGGUGAGCCCUCCUGGAUGGAAAAGUAUCAGUAAAAUUCCCGAAACCCUUCAUAUAACAUUGAAGCAAACUCGUGACGACUUCGUCGAAAGAAAAGCAGUAAACGAUUCGCAACUUUUCACUUCAUUCAUUGAAAUUUUCAAGAAGCGUUGGCCUUCGUUGGACCUUAUUUCAAUGAUGAGAGAAUUUAAAAGGACUUGGCGAAAUCAUUUAGAAAUGAAGGACAAUUUGUCUACUCUGCCACGGUUUUAGGAGGUAAACAAAUAGAUUGUUGUAUAGAUUAUGGUUUAUAAUCUUAUAAUAUCUGUAUGAACAUAGAUAUUUCUUAAACCGUACUAUUCUAGUCGUAAAUAUGGAAGUUCAAAUGGUAAGAAGGCGGGCCGUCAUAUGACAAAUUGGUUGCUUAUACCCAUGUAGCGAUAUUAUAUAUCGCCUUCCCCUUUUGUUGUGUAUGGGGAAGGUAAGAUGGCUUGAGGUAACAUAUUUUCGAGUAGAUUUUCCAGAAGAUACAUGUAAGCAUGGCAAGCUCAAACAACCUCCCCCUUUUUUUACAAAUAAUUGUAAAAAUUAUUUUUGAGACGAAAGGGGACUUAAAUGUUCCGCUUCUCAGUUCCAUGAAUUACUUAAGUACAUGCUUAACUCUUACUUAAGUUUCUACAACUCCUUAAUGGAAGCCUGCAUUCCAACUGUACAACAAUGGGUUUGUGUUUCCGCCCAAAACCAUCUCGAGAACAACAGGUGCUUGUGCUUAAAACCACUUUAGGCGAUGUUUUACUCGGGUGUGAAAAUUUGUGUACUCAUUCAAAAGUGUGCAGCUCAAAUGAAAAAUCAAACGAGACUACGAAAGGUAAUUUUAAAUGUGGUAAACGCAGCUUGUAUUUUGUUGAAAUGAUAGUUGAAAUGGGUACUUAAUUUACAAAUUAGGUCCCGCAAACGGGUCAACUCCAAUGAAAAAUAUUCGAUAAUCGCUCAAACAAACAUUGUCCUCUAGAGAGGUGAUCAUAAUGAUUUUUUCUUGCACGAAAACUAAUUGAAAAACAUUCAGUAUUAUGUUUACU